GAGUACGAUUACGUGUUCGACGUCGAUGUGACAGAGGGCGCUCCGCCUCUGAAAUUGCCUUUCAACCUCGGUGAGAACCCAUACUUUGCGGCACAGCGCUUCAUAGACCAGAACGAGCUUUCGCAGGCGUUCCUCGGGGAGAUCGUCAAAUUCAUCGACAAGAACACAGACCAGCAGGCUUUGGCCCAUGCUUCAGCGUCAACUUACAUCGAUCCUUAUACCGGCGCAGGCCGGUAUACAGGUGCCAGUCCCAGUGCUCUGCCGACGCAACAGGCUGUGCCGAAGGCGACAGGAGGCUACUCGGGUUCUGGGAACCUCGAUCCGUACACGCGUUCAACAGCUGCCGCUGUAAGCUCGAUCUCUAGCACUGGUGUUUUACCACUCCGCACGCCCCUUGGAUUCAAGCAGCUUAACCCCGCUCCGGUCAAGGCGAAGAUCCAGGAUCUGGCCGAUGCGCAAGGCGGCCUGAGUGGCGAAGAGCUUAGCAAGCUGAACUCGUUGAUCGACCAGGCGGCAGCUGCAAAAGCCAAUCCGGCGUUGGAUGUGGGCUUGCUGGAGAAACUACUGCAAGCGUGGCCGCCAGCAUCGCGCUUCCCGCUACUGGACGUGUACCGCAUCGCAGCUAGCUUGCCAACCACCAGCUCGACAGAGCGAGUCAUCGGCAUCGCGCUGGACGCAGCCUCGUGGUCUACAUCCUGGCCAGCGCAGCCCGCAGAGGUCAAGGAACGAGACACCAACAGCAUGCUCGCUUUGAGAGCCUUGGCGAAUCUGCUGACGCGCAAAGAUGCGUCACAGCAAUUACUCCAGAUCGCUCCUUCGCUCAUUGAGCCCCUGUCGGGUUCUCACUUCUCAAAACUUGGCAAAAAUGGACGAAUCGCUUUUGCGACCUUGACCAUGAAUCUUGCUGUUGCGGUCAACGAAGCUGGUGCGGCACAGCCAUGGGCUACAGAUCUGCUGCGCCUAUUUGUAGAGAUUCUUUCCGCGGAGGACGGAGACAGCGAGGUGGUUUACCGCAGCAUGAUGGGAUUGGGCACGCUGAUAAGGUCAUCAUCCUCAGUCCAGCUCUCUGUGGAGACGCUC